AUUCGACUUGUUUCAUGUUUGUAAAAUAUGUUUAAUUUCCAAUUAAUUUUGAGAUUAUCAUAAAACCAAGACCAACUGUGAAUCAUGAGAAGACUACAGUGAUAAGUCUUAAUUAAAUAACCACGAAAUAUUUGAAGAUCAAACUCCUUUGUAAAACCAAGGCAUAUUGUAAUAAUCCAGUUAUGGCGAUAUUGCAUCGGGCUCUUUUUACUUGGUUUAUUUUCUUAGUAUUUUUAAUACUACUAUGUUUACGGCUAGAAUCGAGAACGCAUUGGAAUUGGUUCAUAGUCUUUAUACCUAUGUGGGUUUAUGAUAGCAUUUUAUUAAUAUAUGUUAUCUUCCACAUGGUAUCUCAUUGUAGGAACGGAAUCGAACGAUUUCGUGGAACAAUAAACAAAAAUGUUUGGUACAUUACUGCCAUAGGACUGAAAAUGGCUGCUCAAAUUAUUAUAUGUAUUAAAUUAGAAUAUACGAAAGUAAAUCUUCCAAUCUAUGUUGUAAUGACACCUAUCUGGAUGCUACUGCCUGUUCUGUGUGUGGAGGUUUUCAUGCACCUAUUAAAAAAUCCAAGCAGAAGUAGUAGAUACUAAGUUUAU